UGGCUUGCACUUUCAACAAGAGCUUUCUUUAACUCCUCUUUCAGUUCCAUUUAUUUUUAACAAAGGGUGGGAGCAACAAGCUGGGACGAGCGAUGCCGCAACGAGUAGAAUUGAUACGGAUCAUCACCGAUUUUUGAUAUUGCAGCGCUAGAACUUAAUCGGUCAAGAUUAAAAAGAUGGCUGGCAGUUCUCCAGGAAUAGAAACCUGUCCCUACUGUAAAAAGUCAUUUAAGCGGCUCAAGUCCCAUCUUCCUCACUGUAAGAUGGCAGUAAAUACACACUCAAAGGAAGUGCAGUCUCCUGUAAAGGUCUGUGGUUCUGCUACAUCUAAAUUGCUGAAUGCUGGAGAGAAAGGGGGACAGAUCCAAAGCACAGAAACUGCCUCCAAACAAAAUAAGAGCAAACUUGAACUGGCAAGCAAAAGGGUAAGAAAAAAACCAAAUUUCUUAGAGGUGCUGGAAAUAACUGGAACUGCAACAAACAGCAAUCCAUAUUUAGGUAAAGAUGUACAAAAGCAAACUAAGUGCCACACUGAAAAAACACACAAAACAGAAGGUGGCAGACAAAGAGCCUUAGAAAUGGUUCAAGCACAGCCUGAUAAGGUGUUUUCAGAAAUGAAUGUUGCAAAGAAUUCACCCACAAUGCAGAAAAGUAGAAGUAAAGCCACGUCUGAAGAAGAGAAACUAGCAUCUGGAAAAUCCACUUCAGAAUCUCCUAGUCAGGCAAUGAAACCCUCCACCAAACAAAGGCAAAGUAAGGAGGCAUCUGCACGGCAGAAUGUGUCUAGCAUGCUGGAUUCUUCCACUGACCAUCUUCAGUCUGUUCCUGAGGGAGUUACUGACAAAAAGGAACUAGUGAUUGAGAACCAUCAUGUAAAAGCAUUGAGGAACAGGUAUGAAUCCUUUGCUCAAAAUAUCCCCUUAAGUGAAACUACCACUGGCAACCACAAGACAAAACACUUGCCAGUGAAAUCUGCACUGGGAGAGGAAGAAAUGGCCUUGGACAGUGGGCAGCAACUGGUUAUUGUUAAGGCAGAUGCAAAGAGCAUGUUAGAUAUUGAGCUUGCACAGAAUGUUUGGUGUGGAAAGAUCAGAAAUGGUGAGACUGCUAUUCAGGCACACACAUCUAAUGACAGCUGCAGAAAGGUCUCCAGUGUCCCUGUUCAGCUGGCUGAAGGGGCAAACAGCAAAAUGGAUGAACACCCUUCAUUUUUCAAAGGAGAGAUCUCCCCCAGAGAACCUCCUGUUCAUACCAGGUCCAGCUCAAAUACUUGCCCCUCAUGGAGAGAGGCUCUCAGAGAAAGUGAAGACAAUGGAACACUUAGCAACUGCUUAACUAGUCUGGAAAAGGAUUUACAUUCUGGAACUGCCAUGAUGUUAGAAGGUAAAAAUUCAGGGGUGUCCUUGAGGCAACUUACACCCCUGGUGUCAGAUACGACUUUUCCCCAUUGGUUUACACCCCUGGACAGCAGCAAACAAUCACGUGCUUUGGGACUGGAGUGGUUUGCAGAACUGUAUCCCAAUUACUACUAUCUGGGCUUAUUUUCAAAGAAGCAACCUCAGUGGAAUACACGAAUCUCGGAAGGCCCAGUUCCCUGUCUACCUUGUGAUAGCCAUCAAGCUCCCCUGGCAGAAAGGCGCUUGAUAGAUGUAAAACUCCAAGACAUGCCUGCUUGGCUAGCCACUUGUAACUUGUCUCCACAGGGGGUGCUUGGAGCAACAUACAGAGCCUGGAAUAGAUAUUACAACAAGUACAUCAAUGUGAAGAAAGGUGGUGUGGCUGGAAUCUCAAUGCUGCUGCUGCUGGGCUACUGUGUCCUGAGCUACACCUGGAGCUACAAACACAUAAAACACAGUCGCUGGCGAAAAUACCACUGAAGAUGACAAAGGAGUAUGUACCUGGAAGGAACACGCGUGCAGAUUGAUCAUGCAUCUCGCCACAGAUCUGUUCUAAUAGGAACUGGACAUGUUGAGAACUGCUGUUGGAGCCACUGAAAUACUUCUUUUUGUCACCUGGAGUCACAAAUGUAUAACUAUUUCUGUUUAUUUUAUGGCACCCCUUGAAAGAAAGUUGUGGGUCAUGAUACAGAUAGAUGAACUAUUGCCACAUGUAGAAACAUGUGGCUUUCUGACAGAAGCCGACAGAUGUGGCACUGAUUUGGUGCCACGUGAGUUUUAAUAACUGUUUUCUGCUAUUAAAGACAACCAGAUUCAUUCUUGUCAUUUUAAAUAUAUGCAAUCAGUUCAGGUUGUUAUUUUAGUUUUUUGUUGUAAGCCGCCCCGAGGCUUCGGCGAAUGGGGCGGCAUAAAAAUGUUUUAAUAAAUAAAAUAAAUAAUAUGUAGCUGUAUUAACCUUGUGGAAAUGCUUCACAUGUGCAGAAUUAAAAUUCACCAAUUUCUCUUUCAA